AUGUCACGCCGUCGGCGCCCCCGCCCAGGCCCGCUACCCCCCCGGGGCCAAAGUUGUUAUAUCGGCGCCGCUGUCGAGGGGCUCUCUCUUCUGGCUAGCGGGGCGGAGGAAUCACCGUCCGCAGUGCCCCCACCGAAAGUCUCCCCCCCCUCCCCAAGUGCCGGGAAGGCUUGCCCCUUCGAGCCCCCCUUCGAGACCCGGGGCAAGGCGGUAAGCCAACUGGCGAGUAUCCCAAGCUCCCAUAUGCAGCCCCCCCGCGGAAGGGGGAUUCUGCCUAGACUCCCUUCGGUUGAAUUCCCCCCCGGCCCCGCCAGAGGCCAGACCCCCAGCCAACUGGCAAACAUCUACCCCCGCCAAAUCGCCGGCCUCAAAGCCUCAGUGGCGCCCAGGGCCCAUCAUGUUGCCGGCGUGCCACCCCCCUGCCAACCGCCCCCUCUCGAAAGCGCCGGCUCCAAGCCCUCCUCUCCCCCCAGUGGUGCCCGCCGACACCCCCCUUCCACGUGGUCAGCAUGCCAUUCCUUCGCUCCCAUGGCCGUUGAACCAACUGGCUAG